AUGCCACGCCCUGGAGCUGACCCGCAGUUAUUUUGGUUUCGAGUCCCCGAGUCCGCCACAUCAGAAUCGAUCAGUACGGAGUCUGGGCAGUGUACUGGUACAUCAACGAUCCGACGACCACGAAGACGACGACAACUAAUACCGACACGGACACGGAUACGACGGUCUCAAUCGAACGUCGCAUUCAAGGCUGCUACUGCUGCUGCUGGUGCUGCCGCUGCUGCUGCUGCUGUUGUUGUCGCUGCCGCUGCCGCUGCCGCUGCCGCUGCCGACCCGAGAAACGGUUGGAACCUCACCGUCGUCGACCGAUCGCGAGCGCCCUACCUGCGGAUUCGGCUCAGCCAGCGAAUUCACCGGGUCUCUUUCAUUGACUGGAGUGACUCCCAUCGAGCAUCCUGGAAUCACCUCUCUGGAAAUGACGAAUGCGAGCGCAUAUUCCGUUACAUUCACCCUCAGCUCCCGACUAUACCAUCCAUCCUCCUUGUCCGUCCUUGCGAUUGUCCAGUUCUUGCAACUACUUCUUCCGAGUCGAAUCUUGUUGCGAUUGCGAUGGCUGAUUAUUAUCCUGCGCCCAGUAUCUACGCUCCUGGUCAAUUCUUGAAUCCUGGGCCAGCUCCUCGACCACCGACUGAUCGACCUCGACUUAAUCUCACCCCUUCUACCCAGAACUUGCCCGGCAACAUGUCUCAGAUGAGCAUCAACUCUCCCCUGACGCGGACGGCGACCUCUACCUACACCGGCUCGACAGUAUCGCUGCCUCUGGCUCGCCAGCAAACUAAUAUGGAUGGGAUGGGCGGAGUGGCGAUUAUCAAAGAGGGCUGGGCGUCAGUGAAGGAGGGCAAGAAUUUCAUUAGUCCCUGGAAGCAAAAAUGGCUCAUCCUACGAAAGGAGGCUCUCGACUUCCACAAGACCGAGGGCGGUAAGAUAUCAUACCAGAUAGUCCUCAAGGACGUGCUUGGCGUUUCCCGGGUCGAGGCUGCUGGUACCAUCUUCGAGAUCAAGCGAGCCUUGAACGGAACCUCGUCAAAUCCAGGAGAGGAUGAUGGGAUCUCCAAGACUUUGCAGAUCAGAGUGAAGGGGGACGACGACUUGUACGAAUGGAUUGAUUUCAUAUACGCACGUUGCCCUGGCAUGGGAGGUGUAAGCAACCCUACAAACUUUAGUCAUUCGGUCCACGUUGGCUUCGACCCAAACACUGGGGAAUUCGUUGGACUGCCCCCCGAGUGGUCUAAGCUGCUCAACUCGUCCGCCAUCACCAAGGAGGACUAUGAGCGUAACCCGCAGGCCGUCUUCGAGGUGCUGGAGUUCUACUCGGAUAUCACCAAGCGGGCCCAAAACCCCAACCAGUACCCGAGCAUGACGCCCACACCACCUGCUGCCACGAACCAGAACAAGCAGCUGGGGUACAACAUGAGUGGUGCCAGUGUUGCUCCCCCUAGACCAAUCCAGAACACCCAGCGGAACAACAGCUAUGGAACGCCAUCUUCAUCCUCCUCCACCACAAUCAACACGCCUCGCCGACCAACUCCACCCGAGUCCUCACAGCAACAGCAACAGCAACGCCAGCAAAUGCAGCAGAUGGCUUCCAAUUACGUUGACCCCCGGCUACGCGAGGAGCAAAGACAGAAGGAGCUCGAGGCUCAGCGUCAACGCGAGAAGGAGAAGGAGCAGCGGGAAAGGGAGAUGGAGGAACAAAACCGUCGAGACAUGGAGGAGUACAACGCAUCUCUACCCAAGACACGUCUCCCGAUGGCUCAACAGGAGGUCGGUGGCUUCGGAGGCAGCACCGAUAGAUACAACCCCUCCCGAGCUGCACCACCCGCACCUCGAGCCCCGCAAGGACAACCACAACCUCUCAGAGCCCAGCGACAAGCUCCUUCAGCCCCGACCCCUAGCAAUGGUUCUCGUCCUCCUUUGAACAGCCAACAAAGCUCUUCGUCAAUCCCUCGGGACCAGAAUGGAGAUUCUCGAUCCCCUGCCAGAACUGAAAAUCAACGACCUCAAGAUCCUCGUUAUCAAAACGGCUCUCAGCCUCAGGCACGAGCUCCACAACAGAACCAACCGCCUUCUCGUCUCCCAGCACCAGUCCAACAGGUCAAGCCCCUUAAUGUCGCUUCUAAACAGCCAACCGGCGGCAACGGUAUUCAACAAACCGAUGCUGUGAAGGCUGCCGAAGCCGCGCUGACCGCCAAGCCAACUACUGCUGAACGCAAGCAAGAUGUUCGCAUGUCUACCAUGACCGAGAGCGAAGUCAUGGUCAAGCUGAAAGAAGCUGUUUCCAAAGACGAUCCCAACCUGUCUUAUUCGAAGCAGAAGAAAAUCGGACAAGGUGCAUCAGGCUCAGUCUAUGUCGCAAAAGUCAAGGAGAACGCACCUUCGGCGAUUGCUCGAGAAGUACUUCGCCAGCAGGGAACCAAGGCUCAAGUUGCUAUCAAGCAGAUGGAUUUGGCGCAUCAACCAAGGAAGGAAUUGAUCGUUAACGAGAUUAUGGUCAUGAAGGACAGCAAGCACCGAAACAUUGUCAAUUUCCUUGACGCCUUCCUGCGCAAUAACUUCACGGAGCUUUGGGUAGUCAUGGAGUAUAUGGAAGGUGGUGCCCUGACCGAUGUCAUUGAUAACAACCCCAGCAUCACCGAAGACCAAAUCUCAACUAUCUGUCUCGAGACCUGCCGUGGACUUGAGCACUUGCAUCAACAGUCUAUCAUUCACCGUGAUAUCAAAUCUGAUAACGUUCUUCUCGACGCGCGCGGUAAUGUCAAAAUUACCGAUUUCGGUUUCUGCGCCAAGCUUACCGAGUCCAAGUCUAAGCGUGCUACGAUGGUCGGUACACCCUACUGGAUGGCGCCUGAGGUUGUUAAGCAAAAGGAGUAUGGUCCCAAGGUCGAUAUCUGGUCUCUCGGCAUCAUGGCGAUUGAAAUGAUCGAAUCUGAACCCCCAUAUCUCAAUGAGGAACCUCUCAAGGCUCUGUACCUUAUCGCUACCAACGGUACUCCGCGCCUCAAGAAACCCGAGAAACUAAGCAAGGAGUUGAAGGCUUUCUUGUCUGUGUGCCUCUGUGUCGAUAUCCGGAGCAGAGCUUCGGCCCUUGAGCUUCUCCAGCACGACUUCUUGAAGCAUGGUUGCACUCUCUCCAGCUUGUCUGACCUGCUUGCAUUCCGCAAGCACGCCAAGUGA